UGGUGAGCGUUCUACCACAUGAUAAAUAAAAUGGCAACAACUUUUUAGGAUCUUUCUGCUUAAAAUCAUGGCAAACAACUUCAAAAGCCUACCAAUCAAGCGUUUUCCUAAAUUAUCUACAAAACAAAACCCUGAAGAUAAAUUUUGGCAUAAGUUUCAGUUCCCUGUUAUUGUGAAAGAAUAUUCUGCAAUUAACCAGAUUGAUUUCUGUGAGGCCCCUCCAAAGGAUUUUCUUGUUACUUGCUCUGGAAAGAUACAAAUUUUCAGCUCAACGACUAGUCAGCUGAAGAGGACAAUCACUCGAUUCAAAAGCAGUGCUUGCUGUGGAAAAUUUCGAAAGGAUGGAAAACUGAUAGUUUCCGGUUUUGAAGAUGGUGGAGUCAAGGUAUUUGACUCAAGCAGCCGCACUGUUUUGAGGCAAUUCAGGCCUCAUUCAAAGGCCACACAUGUUGCUGGGUUUCUCCCAAAUACGAGUCAAGUCUAUUCAGCAUCUGAUGAUUGCACAGUGAAGUGCUUGGACAUUCCAACUCAAAAGGAGGUUCUGUGCUUACGAGGCCACAAUGACUAUAUCAGAAGUGGAGAAAGUUGUCUAUCAAACAACAAUGUUUUAAUCACAGGUGCUUACGACCACACUGUUAAAUUAUGGGAUUUGCGAGCAGGAGAGAGCACAUUCAGCGUGAACCAUGGCGAUCCUGUCGAAUCAGUACUUCUUUAUCCAAACUGUGGCAUGUGUAUAUCUUCAGGUGGAAAUUUCGUCAAAGUGUGGGACAUCUUGGCUGGCGGCAAAAUGCUGUUUAGUUUUUCAAAUCACCAGAAAACAGUCACGUGCUUGUGUUUUGACGGCUCGCAUACGAGAUUGUUAUCUGGCUCCAUAGACAGGCACGUCAAAGUUUAUAACACAGACGAUUAUUCUGUUGUGGCAAGCCUGGAGUAUCCCUCUGCUGUUACCUCUAUCGGCCUCUCGACCAGUGGAAGUCAUUUGGUCGCUGGCAUGGCUGAUGGCUCAAUCUCGAUCAAAGAGCGAAAGAAACCAAAGCAACUCGACAUUCCCUCUAAGGAACAAACUGCAAUUAAGCGUGGCUCUCGCAGGUAUUUUGAAAGAGGACAAAAUGACAGGCCACAAGAAGGAGAUUUUGUUGUUGAAGAAAAAAGAUACAGAAAAGAAAAUAGAGUUGAUAAGCUGUUACGAAGAUUUGAAUAUCGAGCUGUGCUUGACACGGUUCUCGCCAGCAAAGGAAACCAAGAACAAGUUGUGAGUCUUUUGAUUGAACUGGCACGACGAGAUGGCCUCAAAAUUGCACUUUCAAAUAGAGACGCGGAUGAGAUUGUCCCAAUCAUGAAAUUUAUCAUAAGAAAUAUUUGUAAACCACAAUAUUCAAGGAUAUUAAUCAACAUCGCAGGACUAAUAUUAGACAUUUACACGCCAGUUAUGGGACAAUCAGAGCAAGCAGACCAGCUUUUCGAAGAACUGAGGGAAAAACUUGCCAUGGAACUCGAGUACCAAAAAGAGGCUUUCGCCAUCUUGGGGGCUCUUGAGACAAUUAUCGCAGCGUCAAAGAUUAAUGUAAAUGCCGGGGAAACACUAGAAGCGUGAAUUAUAACACUGUUGAUAAAUCUUAUCGAAAAUCUUGCUUGAAACUGUCUAUUUUCUUGACUCUUAGCUUGUUGUACGCGUCGAUAUACUGCUGUACGCGGCUCACUUAUUUACCGUUGCAUCUAGUUUCCGAUGGUCUGCUUCUCACGCAUGCGCAAUCAUUGAUUUUGAUACUGUGAAGGGUUAUUUAUACAGGAUUACAAUAUUAGAUACUGUUUUAUAUUACAUCACUUAGCAGCCUUUAUCUGCUUCUAGUUUAUCGGUAGGAUGUGUAUACAUACUUCAGAAUGAUGCCAAGUAUAGCAGCCUUCUCUUCCAGCAAACUUUGCCGCAGUGGCGAUUUUAGCGACUGCGGGGCCCAGUGCCAAAAACAUCUGCGGGGUCCUUGUUCUUUAUAAUUUAUAUCUUUUUUGUCAGGUGUGGGGCCCCUUUUGGCUUUUAUAAGCGCGGGGCCUGGGGCCAUGGCCCCCCUAGAUCCCCCUUAACACGGCCACCCCCUUUGUACUGAAAUGUUUUUGUGCUGAAAUGUUUGUCAUGGAAGACAUUUUCUUGCAAAGGCCAUUCGAGAAUAAACAUUUUGCGUAAGAACAUGCGAAGGCUAUUUUGAACCUUUCUGUCUCGUUAUAGAGAGCAUACUCGAUUCGCUAAUAAAGUAGAGGCCUAUCAAGGUCAGAAAAAGAAUUUGCAAUAAGUUCUUUGGCAAACUGGUGCAAGUUUUUGGACAGAAAGAAUUCAGUCUAGAUAGCAGUCUAAAUAAAAAGUUAUCAAGGGGUGAGUUUGCAAACGAGACUGUCAGUCAAACGAGGUUGUCUUGUAGUGACUUUUUCACCCUCGAAUUGCGUGUCCGCUAUAGGAAAUUUUUAUCUUAUUUUCCGUAAUGGGUUUGAAAGGGAGGAGCUCAGUUUCAAACGAUAAUACCAGUCUGCGGGUGCUAAGAAUUACACAGUUCUUUAGUCUUUUGUUGGCGGCGUUCGAUUGCUUGUCAUAUGCGUAAAUAUUGGUCCUGUUCGGGUUUGUUUUUGUGUCACAAGUGACAAAUGAAGUAAACUUCUUUGCAAUAUUAUGGUCAUCUUCUCUGCGUGCAUGGACAUUUCAAAACAUGUAAUGGAGCGAAGAUCGUUUUUAUAUUGGGAACAAAAGUGGAUCUAAAAUUGAUUCUUGUGGGAAGCGUAUUUUGGAAGGUAUACCAAACCCCAAUAAAUAGCUUUCUAGAUCCAUGAUCAGUAUUUACCAAACCCCAAUAAGCAGAUUCCUAGAUUCCUUACGAAAAGAGAAGCAAUUCCAGUUAGGUGUAGGAGUCUCUUGAAUUUAGAGAGGAAAGUAAAUGCAUUUCUAAGAUGUAGUCUAAAGUCUAAGGAGACUGCUCCUGCAAAAAGCUUAGUUUAAGCAUAGCGACUUGGUUGGAACCAUUAUCUUUAUGAAUGCAGCCCGUAUAUCACUUCUAGAUUUUGCAAAAUAUAUUUUCUUACAAUGACUUUGUCAAAUUGGCAGGUCCAAGAUAUUUAUAUUAUUUUUCAUAUUUGAUUUGUUUAGGGAGGGUUGCCCUUCAACGGAAGUUGUUUUUCAAGAGGCCCUCCAAUAAAAACUAAUUACAAUAUGCAAUUAAAAUACUAGGAAUAAAAAACUAUAAUAUUAAAAACAUAUUCACAAUUACAUGGUAUUUUACAGUAUAAAAGGAACUAGUCAACCCUGUAUUGGUUUUUUGAAACCAUCCAGGGAGGAUGCAGUCUUGCACUCAGCAGGAAAGCUAUUCCAUAGUUUAGUCCCCCGGAAAGAAAAGCAUUUUUGUCCAUUUGCUGACUUUUUCUUUUGCAGUCUCAGUGUUCCGGAGGCUGCGGGAGGAGCAUACUGAGUUUUUGGUGAAGAGGUUACACAAGUAUUGAGGAGCCAAAUCAUUGAGCGACUUGAAGACCAUUGUUUUAGUCUCAUUGCCAAUGAGCUCUUCAAUGGUUUUCCAGCCCAACUCUGCAAUAAGUGGUCUGCUUGGGGUAUCAAGGCUGCUAUCUGUUAUGAUCCUAGCAUGUCUCAAAAAGCCGAUCGCCCUGGAGACCUUGGUGGAAACUGCCCUAAUUUGCUCUUUCCAAUCUAAAAAGCAGUCGAUUUGCACUCCAAGGUACUUUGUCUUUUGAACUACUUCGAGUUCAUUGUCGUGUAUCUUCAGUUCCAAGGCUUCAUUUCGACUUUUAAGAAAGCUGCCUUU